AUGCCGAUCGUGGGUUGUGCAGGUGUCGUCAUCCGCGCCAAAGGAAAGGGCUGGGUGGACGAGCGCCUUGUCCAGGUGCUUGUCCCGUUCUUGAAGCCUCUGCGAGACGAGGGCGGACGGGACAAGCAGGCGCUACUCGUCCUUGAAUCGUACAAGGGCAAUCUCACUCAAGCUGCAAGCCAGCUACUGAAGACGUUUAAAAUGACGCGUGCCGUCAUUCCUGGUGAUCGCACCUCUCACUGGUGCAACUACUUGACGUAUCCAUCAGCCGCAGCUUCAACCGCCCGGUUUGCCAGCGCUACAGCACUUGCAGAGUCGUGGGCCGAUGUGCCAGAGGAGCUGGUGAGGAAGUCAUUCCUCACCUGCGGCAUCUCCGACGCCGAAGACGGGAACGAGGAUCAUCCGAUCCUCGCUCGACUGCGGGAUAAUACUGAAAUGGAGGUGCUGGAGGAUGUGCAGGAGGAGGCAGAUGACGGUGCGCUCCCCAACCCGUUCUACGAAGACCUCGCGGGCGCCCCUGAGGCCGCAGCCACCGAGGAGGACAAGGACGUGGAAGUGGUGGAUGAUCUGGCGAAGGAGUGGGGUGAGGAUGCAUCCAUGUCGGACGAGGCGGAGGAUAGGGCAGACGAUGUGAUGAGAGUUGCGGAGUGGAGCAAUGACGGGGACGAGUGGUGGGCACUUUGCCACUUUGAGGGGGAGGAAGUGGAGGGGUGGGUGGCAGGCGAGAAUUAG